GAUCUAGUUUCAUCUUACUUCACAUGGCAUGACUACAGAGGAGUCAUUUCAUCUUUUUCGUGUGUGGGGGGGGAGGGGGGGGGGGUGUCUGGAGAGUGAAGCGAGCACAAUCAGUUUCUGAGGCGCUGUGAGCCCUCCCGAGAUUUUUUUUUUUUUUUUUUUUUUUUUUGGAAAAGUAGUUAUACUAGAAGCAUUUUAAAGCCACGACUUGAGCUAUAAAGGUUAAUUUCGGCAAAAAAUCGUGGGAGUAUGGCUCUUGGGGGGAGGGGGGGAGCUAGACCAUGAGGGUGGCAAUCAGAGUCUUGGGGGUAAUUGCCCCCAAAAUUACUAUUAAACCUUGAUGCCGGGUUGUUUGUCGGCCUGGGGCCGGAUUCACUAACUGACGCAUUUACCAGCAGUCAGUUAUCAUCGCAUUUACCAACGAUGGGAAACUGGGAUUCACAAAGAGAUGGUGACUCGCCUCGUAAGAGUUACUAUCGUAAAUUGACUCGUUCUACUGGUAGCUAAAAGAGGGCUCUGAUAAAGGAAUUGCACCAGUCAAUGCAUCCUGCACAUAACCAUUUAGGCUCUUUCAACCACGUGACAUGUAGAAAAAAAUCGACAAAGCGUAUUUUUUUAUUAUGGUUGCAGCUAAUGCAUCAUAUAAUCAUACGAAGAAAAUUUGUAAAUACAAUUGUAUUAAAAUAUAUCCAUCAUGUAAGGUGUUAAAAGGCUAUUUAUCGUCAAAAUGAAAAUAGACAUAUUAGACAUACUUUUUAUCUAUCGCCAUGUAUGGAAAUAAUAUAAACUCGUUCUUACUCCAUGUAAUUUAGAGUGAGUUGUCCUUUGCCACAGUGCCAAAGGAUACAGAAGCUGCUUUGCUAGUUUCACGUUGCUAUUGCAUUGGAAUUUGUUUGUUUUUUUCUUUUGAGUUUGUAAUAACUAUGUUAAAAAAGAAAUAUGGUUUAAGACUUCACUAUACUUUAAUACAAACCUACGUCUACCUAUAAUUUUACAAAAAAUAUAUUUGCCCAUUAUAUGCGAAAUUUGUAUUUAUAUUCCAGGUCCAUGUGCUUGUCAUCACUGUAAUCAUAUUAAAAUAAACUAAACACUUUGCUUGAAUAUAUAUUUUUAGACGAUACAAGACGUGAACACGCUGCUUGUUUAUGAUCUGCAAUUGCUUUUCUGGUACAAUCUCUCGUAUAAAUUUAAAUUAUCAAAAGAUAUAGCUGCUAUAAUUGCCAACAUAUAGUCAAAUUUAGGAACAUGUAAAGUGAAACAAAUAAUCAGAGGGCAUGUUAAUCAAAUUGAAUUAAGAGCCAGCCGCGGGGUCAGUCGGCGGAGGCACAGCGGGCAGCGGAAGAAAGUACCUCCCCGGAUGUAACCCCGGCCGGCCUGCAGACAGUCCGGUUUCAGUGGUUAAAGAGAGAAAGUAUAAAGCAACAAAGGGAGUGGUUUGAAUUGAAAGAUAUUGUUAAUAAUUGAAUCGUCACUGUUAUAAUUAUCACUACAACAAUAAUUAAUUCCCUAAUAUAACUCGUAUCCAUCAUGUAUGAUUAUCCAUCAUGAUUCUCAAAAUGUUUCUAAUACCCUUAUUAAAAACUGCUUCCAAAACAAUAAAUUCACAUGAACAUAUCUUUAUAUGGUACACAAAUAUAAUUCAUUGUCAUACAAAUUUCAAAAAUAGAAUGGCUGGCCACUAAUAUUAAGGGUUAAUUUUCCUCAAAUAGGCGCUAACCGUACAUUUAUAACAGUUUCAGGCAGGAGUAAGAAAUUUCUGCUACACCCCUUGGAAAAUUAGGCCAAUCGUGAACCGGCGGCGACAAGACGGUACCGGAGGCAAAUAAUCCGAGAUCAAGCUUAUAUUGCUCGAUGUAUUCCAAGGCGACAAGUCGGGGCAGCUUACUAUACAGAAAAUUUCGUUUACCGAUUUCUAAAUAAUCAUUUGAAAUGUGAAUGAUGCUCAUCAUGAUAUCAGUCUUAUUAACACUGCGUGCCGGUUCGCAACUUCCCAGGGCAAACACCGUGUUCUGUGGCGGCUGUGUUUGUCCCGAGCGAAUCGCACACUGAAUUAAUGUGUCCUUGGUGAGGCAGCCGCAGUUGACUCCACCAUUUACUAAUUUUACUCAAUAAAAGGAUUCUAAUGAUUAAACACUCAUGUAGAGGAUGUAACAAUUAUUGUACAUUAAAAGAUGGUGAUAGUUUGAUGAUGAAGCUAAUUAACCCAACGGACCCGAGUGUAAAAAUGCAACUAUCUUGUGACUCUGGUAUCGAUGCAUCGAGCCAGUAGCAACAACGAGCUUUGAGGAGGAAGGCUGCAUCUCGGGGACGGAAGGCUGCAUCUCGGAGAAUUGCAUGUCCGAAGAAUUUGAGUUGUCGCGCUCGGAUCAGUUCUAGGAGCUCGCGUCCCUGUCCGAUUUUUCUGAGGAUCUCAUUGGACACCCGGCCAGUGUAAAAGAGAGCGACGGCGUAGGAGGUGUCCGCCUGAGCGUCCUUCUAAUGGCGAGGCUGCGCGAGGUGGCGACGGAGGAGGAGCUGGUCGCCCUCAGGGGGAAGAUGAGCGCUCAUCUGCCGCUCUCCGUUGGGGUCCACGGGUUCCUCGACGUAAUCCUCAAGUGCCAAGUGCUUCCCUUCGGCGACAGCAGAGUCUACGCCCCGGCGGGGAAGGAGGCGCCGACGCUGGCAGUGGUGGCCCCUUCGUGCUCGCAGAGGUACAUCCAGAGCAUGACGAUAUUUUGGGACGCGGACAAAGAGGACGACGGAGAAGUGGUCCGUCUGCUGAAGACGCUGCCUGGCUGGGACUGGUCGGCUCCCGCUUAUUACAGAGUAACUCCCCUCCCCGUGUUCACGAAGUUACAAGCAUUCUUUAAAAACGGGAGGCUUGGCAAUGGUGAGAUGUGGUGCCAUGUGAUGCUUGAAGGACCUCUUUUCACCAUCGAAGAUUCGGAUAUUCAACAGCCUACAAUUCCAGAAGGAUUUGUCCUGGACAGCCUGCGGGCCGACGAUGUCUCCGCGGUGCUCUCCCCGUGGCACUACAGAUGGACCGAGUCCCAAGGCGGCCUCGAGUACCUGUUGGCCAAGCUGCCGUCCGUCGCUAUCCGCCGUCGACAGGCACAGGAGCCUAAGGCCGAAGCUCCAACUCUAGGCCAUAUCGUGUCGUGGUGCUUCUUGCACAAUCUUUGCUUCUUGGCCAACACUUUCACCAUCCCUGAGCACCGUCGUCAGGGCUUCGGCACGGCGGUGGCACUCGCUAUGGCUCAGAAGCUCCGUCAGAAGGACAUCCCGGUGCGAUCGGUGGUCGAGCGCUCCAACGCCGCCUCGAUCCGCUACCACGAAAACCUCGGCUUCAGAAGGCAGUGCGAUAUGGUGCUCUUCAUCAUGCUCCCGCUGGAAAAAACUCUCGAGGAUUUUAUAUCCAAAGAAAGCGACUAAUCCAUAAGAUAUAUUCUCCAUAAGACGUAUUACUCAGGCGUAAACCAAAUGUACAGAUCGUGGCGAGAAUUUCAACCCAUGUGGGUAAUCAAUGAUAAUGAUAACUGUGAUAACAACUGUAACAACAAGUCAACAUCAACAAUAAUAAUGAUAACAUAAUGAUAAUGAUAAUAAUAAUAUUAAUAAU